AUGGCCGACAUGACUGCGGUCGGUGAUGAGAAGCUCUCUCCCAACCACGAUGACCUGCAACAGCCCGGCAACGGCGCUGACGCCCGUGGCACCAAGCGCGGCCGCAUGAGUGCCGAGGACGACGACGAUGAUGAUGACAAGCCUGGUCGUGAGCGUCGUAAGAUCGAGAUCAAGUUUAUUCAGGAUAAGUCGCGUCGACACAUCACCUUUUCCAAGCGAAAGGCCGGUAUUAUGAAGAAGGCAUACGAGCUGUCCGUUCUCACGGGUACCCAAGUCUUGCUCUUGGUCGUCUCCGAGACCGGCCUCGUAUACACUUUCACCACCCCCAAGCUGCAGCCACUCGUCACAAAGGCUGAGGGCAAGAAUCUGAUUCAGGCCUGCUUGAACGCGCCCGACCCCACCACCAACGAGAAUGGCGUGGAUGCUCCUGAUGUCCCACCUGAGGCCCCCGAGGACGUUGCGCACAACAAUGUUAAUGCGCCCCAGUCCAACAUGGCGCGCCCCGGCAUUCACCCUGGCUACAUGACCAACGAACAACAACAGCAGAUGGCCUAUUACCAGAACCUCCAGCAGCAGCAACAGGCCGGUAACCAGUAUCCUGGCAUGCCUGUCGGUGGUCGCAUGCCCCCACAGCACCAACCCACCGCGUAA